AUGGCGAACGGCGCCGAUUCCAAUUCGUCGUUGAAAGCGCAGCAAGCUCAGAACAGACUUAACCCCUCGUCUCGCACCUGGGGAACGGCACGAUCCAGACAAAAUGGCCAACGUCAAGCACUCAACUCCACCCGCCACAAAUUCUGCCCCAAAAGUCCCUUCUGGCACGCCAACUUCAACCUCGACCAGCACAAGGAGGAAUGGGAAGCCGGACGCACACGCCACCUUGCACUCAAGACAACACAAGAAUCCAGACGCUCCUCAAGCGCCCCUCCCCCGACGACCCCCCGGCCUUUCGACGGCAGAGAGUUCUCCACACACCACAGCCCCGUCCUCUCCCUCGAAACCGUCUUCUCCCCCACAUGGCUGCAAGGCAAGGAAGACGUCGCCCCCUGGCCCAGCAAACUUGAGAUGAAGUACGAAGGCGACGACCGCAUCUCCACCGACCGUUUGCAUCGCCGCUUCCUCGGCAUCCCCCGCGUAGAAGGCAACGAGACGGUAAAUUGGCAGCAUCGGGCCGCCAUUCCGCAGUACACGUCCGACUGCUUCUACUAUCCCAUCCCGAGUGAAGAGCACAUUAUCCUGCGCAACCACGAUAUCCCGGGACUACAAUUUACGGAUGAGGAGGGCGAGGAGGCUCUGGGCAAAGCAUUCAUGGCUUUGCUAGACCCCGAAGACCAAUGGUAG